AUGGGCAACGAGCAGUCAUAUCCGGACGAGAAUGUCGUAGCCCAAUCUGCUACUGGGAGUUUGAUAGGCUCGAAAACACAACUGACGGAAACACAAUUGGCAGAAACUCUCAUCGUUGUCGUACUCCUGCUGAAACAGCCUAUUUUGUGUACCAUUGUCACAAGAAGUGCUGCAAGAAUAUUGCCCAGGGUUUCAGAACAGAAGCAAAUCGUGCAGUACUGUUGA